CUCUCUCUCUUUCUUGAACUUCUUCUUAUCUUUCUUUCUUUUUUUACAGUUCUCCUUUCACAAAACAUCACACUGUGUCUUCAGUUUCAGUGCCGUAAAUUUUGUUUUCCUCUUCAUUUCUUUCUUUUUUCUUGCAUACGAAAAGUUCUUCUAGGUGUUUGUGAUUUGUCGUCAUCUCUGAGUCCUUUCAAUCUCUUUUAAAUCGUUCAAGAAAACAACUUUGACCGUGUUCUUUUGAAAAGUUGGGAGAGUUGGAAGAAGAAGAAGAAGAAGAUGGGCAGAGCUGCGAGAUGGUUCAAGGGUAUUUUUGGUAUGAAGAAGAGCAAAGAGAAAGAGAGCCGUGUUUCCCGUGACGGUGAAGCUGGUGGAGGGUCAGACAUUCACCGGAAAGUUCUCCAAGCAGACUCUGUUUGGCUCAGAACUUACCUUGCGGAAACAGACAAAGAACAGAACAAACACGCGAUUGCGGUUGCUGCAGCCACAGCCGCAGCAGCAGACGCAGCGGUUGCAGCGGCUCAGGCUGCCGUAGCGGUUGUGAGGCUAACAAGUAACGGAAGAACCGGAGGAUAUUCCGGCGGGAAUGGGGUUUCCGGGACCACAAUGGAGCGGUGGGCCGCCGUGAAAAUACAGUCAGUCUUCAAGGGUUACUUGGCGAGAAAAGCGUUAAGAGCUUUGAAAGGUCUAGUGAAGCUACAAGCUUUGGUGAGAGGAUACUUAGUCCGCAAACGCGCCGCCGAAACGCUUCAUAGCAUGCAAGCUCUCAUUAGAGCUCAAACUAGCGUUCGUUCUCAACGCAUCAACCGCUCUAUCACCAGAGACAACAACAACAACAACAACAUGUUUCAUCCUCGACACUCACUUGAGAGGUUUGACGAUUCAAGAAGUGAAGUCCAUAGCAAGAGGAUAUCAAUCUCUGUUGAGAAACAGAGUAAUUACAACAAUGCGUAUGAUGAGACCAGUCCCAAGAUUGUGGAGAUUGAUACUUACAAGACGAAAUCAAGAUCCAAGAGAAUGAACGUGGCUGUAUCUGAAUGUGGAGAUGAUUUCAUCUAUCACGGCAAAGAUUUCGAAUGGAGUUUCCCGGGAGACAAAUGCAAGUUUCCCACUGCCCAAAACACGCCAAGAUUCUCAAAUAACCAUCAUUACUACGCACCGCCUUCGCCAGCCAAGAGCGUUUCCAGAGAGGCUUGUUUUAGGCCGAGUUAUCCUGGUUUGAUGACACCGAGCUAUAUGGCUAAUACGCAGUCGUUUAAGGCUAAGGUGCGUUCGCAUAGUGCACCGAGACAACGUCCUGAUCGGAAGAGAUUGUCACUCGAUGAGAUUAUGGCGGCUAGGAGUAGUGUUAGCGGCGUGAGGAUGGUACAACCACAACUGCAAACGCAACCACAGCAACGCUCUCCUUGUUCGUACGAUCAUCAGUUUCUUCAGGACGCUACGAAUUUUAGAUUCUAUAAUUAGUAAGAAACGUUAUUUUCGUCCUUAAAGGAAAUUUCAUCAUAGCUUUUGACUUUUCA